AUGAUAGUAAAGAAGCUGGUGUACAAAAUAGAAACUAAAAUGCCGGGCGCCGGUACUUUCAAAAUCUUCGUCGGGAAUCUUUCCGAUAAAACAACGGACGCCGAUCUCAGGCCGCUGUUCGAAAAGUUCGGUACGGUCGUAGAAUGCGAUAUCGUCAGAAAUUACGGUUUCGUACACAUGGAAAACGAACAAGUCGGCCGCGAAGCCAUUCAGAGCCUGAACGGCGAGAUAGUUCAUGGACAGGCGAUCAAAAUAGAAGCGGCUAAGAGCCGAAAGGCGCCGUCGACGCCGACCACUAAAAUAUUCGUCGGUAACCUAACGGACAAGACGCGCGCGCCGGAGGUCCGCGAGCUGUUUCAGAAGUUCGGCACGGUCGUCGAGUGCGAUAUCGUUCGUAACUAUGGCUUCGUGCACUUGGACGCGUCGGGCGACGUGAACGAAGCGAUCAAAGAGUUGAACGGUAUGAUGGUGGACGGGCAGCCGAUGAAGGUGCAGCUGUCCACAAGCCGCGUCCGCCAGCGGCCGGGCAUGGGCGACCCGGAGCAGUGCUACCGCUGCGGGCGCGGCGGCCACUGGUCCAAGGAGUGCCCCAAGGCGCUGGGCCCUGACCGCAACGGUUUCCGCGAUCGGGCGUUCGGCCGCGACCCCUACCCCCCGCCGCCGCCGCCGCCGUUCCUUCGCGAUCGCAUGAUGGGAGGAUUUGGGGAUCCUUAUGAUGGCUACUAUGACAGAGCUCGUUUCGAUUCACCACGGGACUUGUUUGAACGUCGUUAUCCAGUUGGGGCUUCCCGGGGAUUAGAUAUGGGAGCGUCUAGAGCUCGAGGAGACUUUGUAUCCCCACCACUACGCAGAGAGCCUAUGCCUCCCAUGCCAAACUUGCCACCAAUGAGGAGCAGCAUGGGUUCCAUGAGAUCGUCCUAUGAUGCCAUGUACAGCAGAAGGAGCCCACCUCGGGGACCACAGAUGUCUAGAGGGAUGUAUGAAGACUUCAGCAGAGACACAUUUGAUGACAGACGGCCCGGCAUGCGCGGCCCGUCGCCCUCCAGAAGAUAUGCGCCUUAU